GCUAUUUUAGCAAUCCAUGAUAAAUUAUAACAUUUUGGUAGCUGGAAAUUAUGAUUGUGGUUGAAUUUACACAUAUCCAUGGAUAUUUCUGAAUUCACCACUGUUCGAACUUCAUAGCCAGAUAGAGAGAAAGUGGAAAGUCAUCGUGCGGAUAUAAAUUAGUUACUCUACACUGUAGAUAGCUUAGCCACAGUGCUAACUGCUAGCAGACAGCAAUAACAAAGAUACUGGUAGUCCGGGUCAGUGUGUGCAAACGCAGCUGUCACACCUCGGCGACGACACAACAUUUGUGGCUAAAACGUACAUCAAGUUGUGACUCAGUUAUAUUACAAAAUAACUGGCUAAAGAGAAGAACGCAAUGGAAAUACAUAAAUGCAUUGUUAGAGGAUGCGCCAAUCAAUCGGACACAAUUAUUCAUUACAGUUUACCAGAGGAGCCCCAGAGACGCCAACGGUGGCUGCAGUUUAUCAAUGGAAGCAACCCGGGAGAGCAAAUUCCAGAUGUUUCCCGUUUAUGUGGCGACCACUUUACAGAAGAGUGCUUCACAAAACUUGAUCUCGGUUUCACCACGAGGUUAAUAUUAAAUCUUGACGCAAUCCCAUCGAUUUAUUCCACUGAUAAAACAUCGGCUUAUCGGAAACACACCGUGUACGCUGAGAGGGCGAAGGGGACUGGGAUGUUGGAAGUAAAAAUGGCCGGCAUCAAGGAGGAGCCAGUGGACAGGGAGUUGGAUUCGCAGAUGAAUCGCUGGAACAAUUCGUUGGGGUCAGUCAACAAGUCGUUUAGUUCCCUCAACAAGUCGUUUAGUUCCCUCAACAAGUCAUUUAGUUCCCUCAACAAGUCGUUUAGUUCAAUCAAAGAGGAAGAUGUUGGGGAGGAUGAGAGCAUUGCAGAGAGCUAUGACCAGAUUAGAGUGGUGAAAAUAGGAGACUCACACACAGGAGAGAGGAAGGAUGAGGGAGGAGAGUAUGGGAUGGAAUACUCACACACUCACCCAUAUGAAGGAGAGGAUGGAGGCUAUGAUGCCAUGGUAACAGAGAUUCACAGGAAAGAGAAAAUGAAUGUGACGGAGAGUGAGGGGGAGGUGGAGGGAGUGUUUGUGAUAGAAAACUCAAAUCCAGAGGAGGAGGAGGAAUGUACAGAAUAUGUGGUAGGGGAGGAAGAGGUAUGGCAGAUGGAGGAAGGGGGAGAGAGCAGGACGAAAGAGAUGUGGGGGGAAAAGGGGAAACGGAGAAAGCUUCCGGGGCCGCAAUGGUGGAGAUAUGAGCAAGAGAGGAGGAAAACCCAGGAAGACGAAUGGAAGAUGAUUGCAGAGAGGGCGAGGGAGGAAGAGAGGGAGAGACAGAAAGGUCAGACUGUGGAGGGGAAGAAGAGGGUGGCAGGGUUCCGCUGCCCACAGUGCAGCAACACCUUUCAGUCGCGAAGCGAGUUACUGGAGCAUAAAACCGGCUGCUGCACUGAUGCGAAAUAUGCCUGCCCAGUGCCACUCUGCCCCCAACGCUACCUAUCCAAGGGCUCCCUGAGGACUCACAUCUGCUUCCACCAUGUGAAGGAGGACAACAAGGAGGAAAAGGACUUGGACGCUAUCCGGAAAGCCAGAGGAGCCGGGGAGCAUCAGAAUAAAUACCAACACAGCCAUAAGAAGAAAUUCUUCUGCCCACUCUGCAACACAUACUACAGAAACCAGAUAGUCCUCGACAAGCACUCUCGUACUCACACCAGUUUCCACAAAGUAAUGUUGUGUUGCUCCUUCUGCUCUGUGGAGAUGCUGAAUAAAUCCACAAUGAAAAAGCACUACAACAAGGAACACCCAGGCAGGGUCCCGCGCUGUGAGAUGUGUGAAAGAAACUUCUCCUCGAUCGACAACUUUCUAACACAUCAGGUUAGACACGUGGCCGUGACUCCUUACUACUGCUAUGAGUGCCGCAUCUACCAGCAAACCCAGAGGGGCCUCACUGUCCACCUGAAAAACCACGCUCUCAGACGCAACCAGAAGCAGCUGGACCGGCAGUCUGGGAAACUCAACAAACCUGACAAUACAGGGAAUCAUAGUACAGCCCCUCUGAAGAAAAGCCCCUCCCCUCUACCAAACAACCCUGCACAUCUACAAGAUAACCACGCCCAUCUACAAGAGAUCAAAGAAGAAGAAUUUAUAACCAAAUAAAUAGAAUCUCAAUCUCGUUGUGUGUUUUUAACCCCUCCCCUUUGUCCCAUAACCAUGUCCCUCCUCUGACAUGAAAAACUGACUUGGGAUAUUAGUGAAUAUUUCUGUACAGGAGAACACUGAGACUGGAAUCAAAUCAUCCAACUAAAGAACAGCUACUACUUGGUUGUUACAGUAAAUUCAUUCUGAAGCUGUUUGCUUUAUCGAUACAGAUGGAAUGGAAGAAAUGACCUGCAAGCUAACUGUCAUUUAGAGAGAGAGUUUAGGUUUGUAAGAUGGGAUUCUUAUUGGAUAUCAGAUUGAAGCUCACUUGUACAGUAUUUGUUUGUCACUUUCACCUUGAAGGCCAUGAGUCUUCAAAGCGUUGUAAGCCCUUUAUAAGCCCCAUAAUAUCCUACAUGAUAUGUAUUUAGCUGUCAUUCAUUAUAGAGAAUUUCAGUUGAAUCUUUUGUAUUGUCCUUUUAUCAAUUUAGAUUUAGAGAAUUGUCUUACACAACAUUAGCUGUAAGUAGCUUUAUGUAAAAUGUGAUAGUCGCAAAUGUAAUGAAGUGUUUCUGAAUGAACAUUUGGGUUUGUAUUUGUUUGUAGAGUAUAUUACUAGCCCGUACAUGAUCCUAUGAGGUUUACAUCUUUGUUGUGGUUCUGCACCUUCCUCUUCAUCAGCACUUGUUUAUUUCCUACAGUACUCCAGGGUCAGUAGUACAGCACUAUGGGUAGGGUUAGAGGGUGCAUCGUACCCAUGGAAAUGUGUUGUAUAGAACAUGUUACUUUGUAAAAACAUGGAUUGUCUUUCAUGUAGAAUAAGGAAUAGUGCCAACUCUAGUACAUUUCUAUCUAUGCCAGAUGUAUACAUUAGGAACUCUCUGGGCCAAUGGAAAGAAGAGAGAACUCUCUCUGGGCCAAUCGGAAGCCAAGUGAACUUUCUCUGCCCAAUAGAGAUUAGACCGGAACGCCACUGUAGCCCUGUCAUCCAGGAGCCUUUUGAUGUCGACUGGUUCCAUUACAGAACAUCUUUGAUGCAUUGUUCUCUAUGCUGUUGACUGUAUGUUGUCUGAAUUAAAAGCCUUUCUGUAGUA